AUGACAAUUGUAGUUGUUAUAAAAAUUCGAGCAUUUCAUAUCAAUGUUAAAACUCUUUUAUUAAUCACACUUUUCCAAUGGUAUGAAUCAAUUUAUGGAAAAUGGGUUUUGAAACCUUAUGUGAUUGGAAUAUCAUUUAUUGGACAAAAUCAAACUUUUAAUGUUUGGUGGGAUGAUGAUAGUUCAAGAUUUGUUCAAAUUUCGAAGCAAGAAAUGAAUUGUCCAAUAUUUCUAGCUGGUUUUAUUUAUUGGCAUUAUAUUACUUCAUUACUUCAUGGCUUAUUUGUACUUUCCAUUGAAAGAAUUUUUGCGUGCGUUUUUAUUGCGUAAGUUAGGGGAACUUAGGUUUAUCACUAGGGGCUGUUAGCCCCCAGGCGUAACAGUCUUCUCAUUUAUUUCAGUUUCACUUUUUUCUGUGAAUUUAUACAAAAUUUCAAGUUUUUUGAUAAAAAAAUGACUCGUGGCAAAAUCAGGAAGGCUUCCUAAUUUUGCCAUGGAUGACGUCAUCAAUCAAUUUUUCGAAAAAAAUUAUUGAAUCUCUUUUUUUAUUUGCAUAAUUAUAGACAUGACCGUCAAAAAAAUUCGGGCCGAUUUUUUCGAUUUUUUUUUUGAAAAAAUUCGGGCCGAUUUUUUUUUUGAAAAAACUCGGGCCGAUUUUUUCGAUUUUUUUUUUGAAAAUACUCGGGCCAAUUUUUUUUGAAAAAACUCGGGCCGAUUUUUUUUUUGAAAAAACUCGGGCCGAUUUUUUUUUAAAAAAAAAACUUGAUUAAACGAUUAAACCAAACUUCUCGAGCUAUUUUGAAGCUUACACUUCCACGCUGAAAGUUUUUUGAUCUACCCGAUCUUGAAAAUCGGAAAGAGAUGGUAAUUAAUCAAUUUUUUUUAAUUAGAAGCAAAAGAAAACAAAAUUUUGACAAAUUUCAGCUUACAACCCACGGUUUUAUUCAUUUCAAAAAACAAAUUCGACUCAUAAAGUUCUCAAAAAAAAAUAAAAAUCCCGUUUUCCAAUACAAAAAAAACUGCAAAUAAAAAAAUCUAACAAAAUUUCCGCCUUCUCAAAAAAUAUAAAUCAAUCAAAAAAGUGAGACGUUCGUAGUUGAAAACAGCUGAAAAAUUCUUUCAAUUAUCUGAAAAUCAGAAAAUCUUCAGAAACUACGAAAAAAAAUCGCGUCCAGCUCUUCUCUUUUCGCUCAUCACAAUGUUUUUCACUCUUCCAACAAUCACAACACUCAUAAGCUAUCACAAUAUUUAUCCAUUUUUGCAAUCAUUUUCAAUUUGCUUUUUCUCAAAUGUUCUCGCAAUUAUCAUACUUAUCCUAACUUUUCAAUAUAAUAACAAAUUAUUAGAGAGAUUUAUGAGAAUUGGAAAUAGUACAAAAUAUACAUUGGCUUCGAGAUUUCAAGCAAGAGAAAAUCGACGAACUUUUCGAUUGUUGUUCAAUUUUUUGAUCGCCGCAUUUUUCCUGGUUUUCACAUCACUCAUUCUUGUUUUAUUAAUGGUUUUUGAAAUCACACCAAAUUAUCAUUUAACAUAUAAUUAUUUGCUUGAAAAUAUCAUUCAUUUGUAAGUUAUUAUAACUUCCUUGGAAGGUUACUUCCUCAUGAAAAAAAAACUAAUUAAUUUUCAGAUAUCCUUUAAUCGUCUGCCCUGUUAUCAUAACAUCUGUCGAUCGAUAUUUGAUGUUUUUCAAAAAGGCAUUCAAUAUUAAUCGCAGGAAAACAGUUCCGAUGAAAGUUCGCAAUUCAGUUGGAGAAACUGAUUUAUAUUUUAGUCAAUUGAAAAUGUCUUGGAAAUAA